AUGGCUGCACCUAAAAUUAUCGUCUUGGGCAGCCUCAAUGGCCAGCUUGAGCCAGCAUUCAAGAAGCUAGCUACCCUUCAUUCAAAGAACAGCUUCUCCAUGGCCAUUCUUACUGGCGACGUCUUCAGCGCAACACAAGAUAACGAUUCGGUUACUGCGCUUCUCGAUGGAACCCUUCAAGUCCCUCUGCCGACUUACUUCACCAUGGGAACUCAUCAUUUGCCCCCACGCAUCGCCGCAAAGGUCGAGGCCGAAGAGGAAAUUUGCGAGAAUCUACAUUUUCUCGGCAAGCGGAGCAUUACUAAGACGUCUGACGGUGUGCGAAUCGUCGCUCUCGGUGGUCAAUUAGACACGAACCUCAUUGCAGGCCAGUCUAAAGAACAGCACCUACCAUUUCACACAGUCGACGAUGCUAAGAGCCUGCGCGGUGCCAACAGCGCUGAUAUUCUCUUGACUUCGACAUGGCCAGCGGGUGUCUGGACUGGUUCUCAAGUUGCGCUUGAUCCUACAAACCAAGCGUCCUUGGCUGUCUCAGACUCGGUCGCGGAGCUAUGCGCAGCACUUAAACCACGAUAUCAUUUAACAUCCUCUCCUGAAGGCUACUUCUAUGAGCGAGAAGCGUUUGUGCAUCCUAUCGAGAAGGAGACCGACAACACUUGCGUCACGCGAUUCAUUUCAAUGGCCCCAUAUGGCAAUGAGGCUAAAGCAAAGUCUCUGUAUGCAUUCAGCCUCAAUAAAGGAGACGCAUCAGUACCCGUCGGCGCCACAGCAUCGCCAUUUAACCCCAAGACCAAGAAACGUGCCCCUAAGGAGGACACUUACAACCGGUAUGGUGGUGACGAGCACGAGAGGGGACACAGGGGCCGGCGCCAGAAGCAACGCCAUCGAUCACCCCCUCCAGGUCCCGAUAGAUGCUACUUUUGUCUCUCCAACCCCAACUUAUCUUCGCACAUGUGUUGCAGCAUUGGUGACGACGCCUACAUCUCAACAGCCAAAGGCCCCUUGCCUACGUCUACGACCUUUACCGAACAAGGCCUUGAUUUCCCAGGUCACUUGAUCAUCAUUCCAUUACCACACAAUCCGACCAUCCCCAGCAUUGGACCAGUCGCGGAUCCAAACGGCGAGGCUGCCAAGACCUAUAAAGAGAUGAACUGCUUCCGCGAAGCUAUCCAGGCCAUGAUUGCUGCCAAGAGCUCCCACAAACUUGGCGUCGUCACUUGGGAGAUCAGCCGUGAACGUAACGUCCAUCUGAUUUGGCAACUGAUGCCCUUACCUGCCGAGCUCAUCCACAAGGGUCUAGCGGAAGCUGCUUUCAAAGUCGAAGCAGAGAACCAGUCCUGCCCAGCUUUCAAGGCACAAGACCUGACUCUCGAGCAACAAGCUGAAUCUGGCGGCGACUUCUUCCGUGUGUGGUUGUGGGCAGAUGAUGGUGAGGAGCGUAUUAAGGGCAAGUCCCUCGUCAUGCCUCUGCCCCCAGACAAGCAUUUCGAUCUCCAGUUCGGUCGACGAGUGGUAGCCAAGCUUCUCAAUCUCGAGAACCGCCUUUCAUGGAAGGGCUGUGAGCAGACUGUUGAGGAGGAGACCAAGGACGUGGAGGCGUUCCGCGAGGCGUUCAAGGAAUGGGAUUUCACUCUUCAAGACGGCGAUGAAACGACUGCUUAA